AUGCAGAGGAAGCCUCACUUCUUUAAAGUCCUGCUUGGAGACUUCUCUCAGAGCCUGAGAAUUCCAGUUGAGUUUCUGAAGCAUAUAUCUACUGCAACAUCAAAAAGUUUUACCUUACAGGGUCCCAGUGGAAGAUGUUGGAAUGCAGAACUGAGCAAAAGAAACAAAGGCACAUUCCUCUGCGGAGGGUGGGCUGAAUUUGCCGAGGACCAUGCACUGAGAGAGUACGAGUUUUUGGUUUUCCGAUAUGAUGGGGAUUUUUGUUUUACUGUGAUGAUUUUCGGUGUGAAUGCAUGUGAGAGAGAGGAUCUAUUUAAAGUAAUUCAGAGAAAAAGGCGCAAGUUAUGUGAAGUGAAAGAUAGGCAUGUGGAAAGCUCAUUGGAUGUUGGCCGCGUUCUUAUUCGAGCACAAGUAAUAGAAAAAGAGGUACAACAUGACAAUGUUUCUGUGCUGGCUCCUGAUGCUGAUCGAGGAAAUUGUUCGGAACGUUCUGAAACUACAAAGGAUGUCAAGAUCAAAUCAGAAUGUGGUGACCCCCCAGUUGAGUUAAUUGCUUCACCAAAAAAAGUCUAUAAAAGGAGUUGCUUGCGCAAUAGCCAGUUUGUGAUUCAUGAAGAAAGAUCAGAAGCACAGGAAGCUGCCAACUCUUUCACAACUAAUUUUCCUUUUACAACUGUGAAGAUUUGUCGAUCUCAUAUCGCACAGAAAUUUCCUAUGAGGCUGCCCCGUGCAUUUUCUCACACACAUCUCCCUCGAAAGAAGGCGAUUUUGAUAAUCAGAGAUCCAAAUAUGAAGUCAUGGGAAGUCACUCACAUUCCGCGAGAGGGGCAUUGUGAUCGUCUAUCAGCUGGUUGGCACAACUUUUGCCAUGGCAAUGACCUCAAGCUAGGUGACAUCUGUGUGUUUGAGCUUGUGAAACCAUGUCAGCUUAAUGCUCACAUCUUCAGAUGAUCAAGAGCUCUAAAAUGCGGGUGAUACCAGUCGCAUUCCUGCCUACAUUGUCACCUCCGAAGAAGAUAAAAAAAAAAAAAAACUAUGUUUAUGUUCAACUUUGUUUUUGCAUCAGAAAGAUCAAUGUUAGUUUUUGACUUCAUUUUGUUUGUAGAAGUUGCACUUUGGUCUUUGUUUUGGUUGCAAGAUGGAAAUGGUUCAGUUUUAGAAGUAUUUCAUGUGUGUAUAUC